AACAUGAUUGGUCACAUUCCUGAUUGCGUAGACGAACACGGAAGUAAAGCGUCUCUGAGGUGAUGUGAAAAUGAUCGGAGAUCUGUUGAUAUUCGGGACCUUACUAGUGAAUGCAGGGGCUGUGCUGAACUUUAAACUAAAAAGGAAGGAGUCCCAAGGAUUUGGAGAUGACUCCAGAUCACCGACAACAGGUGACAACAUCAGAGAGUUCCUGCUCAGCCUCCGAUACUUCAGGAUCUUCAUCGCUCUGUGGAACAUCUUCAUGAUGUUCUGCAUGAUCCUGUUGUUUGGGUCAUGAUCAUCAGAUUGAGCUGAUUUUCCACGUUGGAGGCUAUAAACUUCUCUGUCAACUGAGUUUUCUGUUCUUUUGGCCCUUUUAACUGUAAUUGUGCUCCACUUACUUUACAACUCCAAAUCAUACUGAUUCUUGCUGUACAGGAAUUUAAAAUCACUGUAUUUAUUUUGUCUCACAGAAGUUGUAACAUUUGUACCUUCUUUUUUUGUUUAAGCCGUAACUUCAUCAGCACCUUUGCUGAAUCGGUGUCGUUUUGUGCCCCUGUGCUUCAUGAAAAAACACAUUUUUUUCUCCAGCAUGUCAGUCGCUUAUUCAACUUCAUUUUAUCCCUUUUAUUCACAUCCAUCAGAGUUCAGUUGGAUUCAACAGAGAAGUCAAAAUGAUCAACUUAAUGAACUUUAUCAUCUCUCUUUAUCAUAACAUCUCCUCUGCACAAACAUCUCUGCCCUAGUGUGUAUCCUAACACAUUAUUUAAAUGCCGUUUAGAAAUUACAAGUCAUUUCCUUUAUUCUGGGGCACAUGUAAGUAAAUGUUUAUGCCCAAAAAUGUAAAUGUGUUCUAUUCAUAACAAUAAAAAAACACAGGUUUUCUUA